AUGGGGUACGACGUCACCAGGUUCCAAGGGGAGGUGGAUGAAGACCUGCUGUGUCCCAUCUGUAGUAUGGUACUGGAGGAGCCAGUGCAGGUUAGUGUCCUUCUAUACCUCUCGGCCAGAUCUAUUGCAAGGACUUAUUUUAUUAAUCCUUUAUUUAGACAGGUUAUCACUGAGUUCUUAAUAUAGACCUUUCACCGAUUUAAAACAAUAUACUUAUUUCCCCCUCCCAUCUUCCCUUUUUCCAUCUCUGCUCCUUUUUCUCCUAUGUCUAGGCCCCACACUGUGAGCAUGCCUUCUGCAACGCCUGCAUCACCCAGUGGUUCAACCAGCAGCAGAUCUGUCCUGUGGACCGCAGCGUGGUGACACUGGCUCACCUCCGGCCUGUGCCCCGCAUCAUGCGCAACAUGCUCUCCAAACUCCAAAUCGCUUGUGACAAUGCCGGCUUCGGCUGCACAGCCACACUGCGGCUAGAUCAACUACAGUCUCACCUGAAGGACUGCGAACACAACCCCAAAAGACCUGUCAACUGUGAGGAGGGCUGUGGGUGAGUGACCUUAGAGCACAUUACACAGCAGAGUAGAACAGACCGGCCAGAAUGGAAAAACAUGGCUGUGACUUUCGAGUUGCUGGGCAUGCCGCACCACCACUGCAGAACGUGAGAUUAUCUAGUCUUGUAUUUAGUAUUGUAGUGGUCUCUAGAGUGACCUAGUGGUUUAAUUUCAAAAUGUCACAAUUUCUCCACAGGCUGGAGAUGCCGAAAGAUGAGAUGUGCAACCACAACUGCAUCAAGCACAUACGUGGCGUGGUACAGCAGCAGCAGACCAAGAUCUCUGAACUAGAGAAGAAUGCUGCAGAGCACAAACACCAGCUGGGGGAACAAGUAAGCACACACACACACACACGUUGCAUACAUAUACCUCAGUGGAGGCUGCUGAGGGGAGAACGGCUAUAUAAAUGGCUGGAACGGUGCGAAUGGAAUGGCAUCAAACAUAUGGAAACCAUGUGUUUGAUGUAUUUGAUACCAUUCCCCUCCAGCCAUUACAACGAGCCCGUCCUCCCCAAUUAAGGCGCCACCAACCUCCUGUGAUAUACCUGUAUGCAAAUCCAUUAGUGCUCUGUUCCUCAAUGGUCAGGGAUCUGAUGUGUGUCUUCCUCUGUCAGAAACGGGACAUCCAGCUGCUAAAAGCUUACAUGAGAGCAAUACGCGGUGCCAACCCCAACAUGCAGAACCUGGAGGAGAGCAUUGAGUACAACGAGAUCCUGGAGUGAGUUUACUCUCCUGUCCCCUUGGCCCUCUCCUCUAGGAUAUUUUCAGAAGUUUCAGCACUUGAUUUCAGCCUAAAAUCUAUUAUGUUGGAUAUUGUUUGAAUGUGCUACAAUCACUCAAACUCGCUUUAAAAUCAAUCAUAUUUAAUAAGCCCUUUUUACAUCAGCAGUGUUGUCACAAAGUGCUUUAGAGCUAAAGUCCCUAUUCCACAUCUCACUUGUUCCUCACCUGCCCAACAGAUGGGUCAACUCCCUCCAACCUGUGCGGGUGACGCGCUGGGGCGGGAUGAUCUCCACGCCAGACGCAGUUCUCCAGGCGGUCAUCAAGCGUUCACUCAUCGACAGCGGCUGUCCUCUGUCCAUCGUUAACGACCUGAUCGAGAAUGCCCACGAAAGGAACUGGCCACAGGGCCUGGCCACGCUAGAGACGCGGCAGAUGAACCGGCGCUACUAUGAAAACUAUGUGGCCAAGAGGAUCCCUGGAAAACAGGCGGUGGUGGUGAUGGCCUGUGAGAACCAACACAUGGGAGAGGACAUGAUCCUAGAGCCUGGCCUGGUCAUGAUCUUUGCCCAUGGGGUGGAGGAGAUCUUAUAA